UUCAGUCUCGUGCCUUCUCACUCUGAUCGACUAGAAAAGCUUUCGUAACACGUUAGUUCAAGUUGUUGAUUCGUGACAGUUGUUAACUCUGUUUUUAAGCCUUUGCCUUUUUGCGAACGUUCGCGUCUUUUAACUCGUUAAUUUACGCCUUGUUCUUUAACAUUUUUCUCCACGUUUCUCGUAAGAUUUCGCAGGAAAAUGAGCGACCAAGCAGCCGUUACCAAAGCAGCGACGCCCGUGAAAGCCAAGAAGAGUCCUGGUAAAGCAGCAGCCAAGAGCCCCAAAUCCGCUGGUUCCGCUAAGAAGGCUGCUGCUGGUGGUGCCAAAGCCAAGUCAGCCAAGGCCGCACAUAAUCAUCCCAAAUAUCUGGAGAUGGUCAUCAAAGCCAUUCAGCAUCUGAAGGAACGCAACGGCUCAUCCAGACAGGCCAUCCUCAAGUACAUCCUGUCCGAGUUCAACAUCACACAGGAUCCCAAGAGCGUUAACAGUCAACUGAAAAUGGCGUUGAAGCGUGGCGUUGAGAACAAGACACUGAAGCAAGCCAAGGGAUCGGGCGCGUCAGGAUCCUUCCGUGUCAAUGCGGAGAACAAGGCUGCUGGCAAGAAGAAGACCGUGGGUGCGGCCAAGAAGAAGAAGAACGUUGCCAAGAAGGAGAUCGCGGGCGGUGAGGGAGCAGCAGCCACCAAGAAGACAGCCGCCGCCAAACCGAAGAAAGCCAAAUCCCCCACCAAGCCCAAAGCCAAGAAAGCGGAGGGUGAGAAGAAAGCAGCGAAGCAGACCAAACGGCCAGCCAAGAAAGCGGAAGGUGCUGCCAAGAAGCCUAAGAAGGCCGCGUCACCGGGCAAGAAAGCGACAGCAACGGCCGGAGGUGUCCAGAAGAAGAAAUCCCCCGCCAAGGCCAAAGCGCCCAAGCCGAAGAAGGCCCCUGCCGCCAAGAAAGCUGCCGGAUCAGCGAAAAAAGCCGCGGGCAAGCCAAAGAAGGCCGCCGGAGGGCAAGGGAAGAAAAAGGCGGGAGCGUCUGCCGCGGGAAGCGCAGCAACGGCUUGAAGUGAGCGUGUCCAGCCUAACGCCUGUCCCUGGUCUCAACAUGUGGGGUGUUGUAAGUUGUUUUCUCGUUUAAUCUGACUUUUGAAAUUUUACGGUAUUAGUUGGCAGUUAUAACAUAUCAGAGGUGCAUACUACUCAAUUGGAUAGUUAGUGGCUUAAUUAGUUAUGUUUCUUAGUAUAAUAUGUUCAUGAGUGUUAUAAUAUUCGAAUUUGAGUUUGUGGCCUGUUAACUGUAGUGGGUUAAUCAUCGUUGUAUAUGCAUUGCGCAGAACUUCUAUUCCGUUGUUGUUACUUCUGUUCUUCUUUGUCACAUUGUAGAAUAAUUGUUUUUAUUGUCAUUGUAUAAUGUACAUACUGGCAGUAAAACUUUUGCGAGAA